GCGCCGAGCAGUCACGUGGGCGUGACGUCUGAGGGCGGGGCCAGGGUGCGCGCGCGCGCGCGUGAAGAUGGCGGCGGACGCCGGCAGGUUCUGUGUGAGAAGCAGCAGAGAACUGUGGACAAUUCUACUUGGAAGAUCAGCUCUGAGAGAACUGGAUCAGAUUGAAGCAGAACUGAAUAAACAUUGGCAGCGGUUAUUAGAAGGGCUUUCUUACUACAAACCUCCCAGUCCAAGUUCAGCUGAAAAAGUGAAAGCCGAUGGAGAGUUAGCUCCACAACUGAAGGAAGUGGGCUUAAGAAUCAGCAAGUUUUUGGGUCUUGAUGAAGAACAGAGUGUGCUGAUUCUCCAGUGUUACAUUCAAGAGGACUACAGGGGCACAGUGGACUCUCUGAAGACGGUCCUGCAAGAUGAGCGGCAGAGCCAGGCCUUAAUCCUGAAGGUUGCAGAUUAUUACUAUGAAGAAAGAACCUGUGUUCUUCGUUGUGUCUUACACCUUCUCACUUAUUUCCAAGAUGAAAGACACCCUUAUAGGGUUGAAUAUGCAGACUGUGUUGAUAAAUUGGACAAGGAACAGCUAGUUGUAAAAUACAGGCAGCAGUUUGAAGAGCUAUGUAAAACCGAAGCACCGACCUGGGAGACACGCGGGAACCUCAUGACUGAGCGCCAGGUGUCUCGCUGGUUUGUUCAGUGCCUUCGGGAACAGUCCAUGCUGCUAGAAAUUAUUUUUCUCUUUUAUGCGUACUUCGAGAUGGCACCUAGUGAUCUCCUGGUAUUAACCAAGAUGUUUAAAGAGCAAGGAUUUGGUAGUAGGCAGACCAACAGACACUUGGUGGAUGAGACCAUGGACCCUAUUAUGGAUCGGAUUGGCUACUUCAGUGCCCUCAUCCUGGUGGAAGGCAUGGAUAUCGAGUCUUUGCAUAAAUGUGCUUUGGAUGACAGGAGAGAGCUGCACCAGUUUGCUCAGGAUGGGCUUAUUUGUCAGGAUAUGGACCAUUUGAUGUUGACCUUUGGGGACAUCCCUCAUCACGCCCCAGUGCUUUUGGCCUGGGCUCUCCUCCGCCAUACCCUGAACCCAGAAGAGACGAGCAGUGUGGUGCGCAAGAUAGGCGGCAUGGCCAUCCAGCUGAACGUGUUUCAGUACUUGACCCGACUGCUGCGGUCGCUGGCCAGCGGCGGGGACGAUUGUACCUCGAGCACCGCAUGCAUGUGUGUCUACGGGCUGCUCUCCUUCGUCCUGACCUCGCUGGAGCUACACACACUGGGCAAUCAGCAGGAUAUAAUAGACACGGCAUGUGAAGUCCUGGCGGACCCGUCUCUUCCAGAACUCUUCUGGGGAACUGAACCAACCUCUGGCCUUGGGAUCAUUCUGGACAGUGUGUGUGGGAUGUUUCCCCAUCUUCUUUCCCCGCUCCUGCAGUUGCUCCGCGCCCUUGUGUCUGGGAAGUCCACUGCCAAAAAGGUCUAUAGUUUCCUGGACAAGAUGUCUUUCUACAAUGAACUUUAUAAGCACAAGCCCCCUGAUGUGAUCUCCCACGAAGACGGAACUCUGUGGCGGAGGCAAACACCCAAACUCCUGUACCCUCUGGGGGGUCAGACCAACCUCCGCAUCCCUCAGGGCACCGUGGGUCAAGUGAUGCCAGACGAGAGAGCUUACCUGGUGCGCUGGGAGUACUCCUACAGCAGCUGGGCCCUCUUCACCUGCGAGAUCGAGAUGCUGCUGCAUGUGGUGUCCACGGCAGAUGUGAUUCAGCACUGUCAGCGCGUCAAGCCCAUCAUUGACCUGGUCCACAAGGUCAUCAGCACAGACCUGUCCAUAGCAGACUGCCUGCUGCCCAUCACAUCCCGCAUCUACAUGCUGCUGCAGCGGUUGACGACAGUCAUCGCCCCUCCUGUGGAUGUCAUUGCUUCCUGUGUCAACUGCUUAACUGUCUUGGCUGCGCGGAAUCCAGCAAAGGUCUGGACAGAUCUUCGUCACACAGGAUUUUUGCCAUUCGUGGCACAUCCUGUCUCCAGCCUGAGUCAGAUGAUUAGCGCGGAGGGGAUGAAUGCUGGUGGGUACGGGAACCUUCUAAUGAACAGUGAGCAGCCUCAGGGCGAGUACGGCGUCACCACCGCCUUCCUGCGCCUGGUCACCACCCUUGUCAAGGGGCAGCUUGGUAGUACCCAGAGCCAAGGCCUGGUGCCCUGUGUGAUGUUCGUGCUGAAGGAGAUGCUUCCCAGCUACCACAAGUGGCGCUACAACUUCCACAGUGUUCGGGAGCAGAUCGGUUGCCUGAUCCUGGAGCUGAUUCAUGCGAUACUGAACCUGUGCCAGGAGACGGAGCUGCACAGCAGUCACACCCCGAGCCUGCAGUCUCUCUGCAUCUGCAGUCUGGCAUACACGGAAGCAGGGCAGACAGUUACCAACAUAAUGGGCAUUGGUGUGGACAACAUCGACAUAGUGAUGGCCUCUCAGCCCCGAAGUGAUGGCUUAGAGGGCCAGGGCCAGGGCCAGCUACUGAUCAAGACCGUGAAACUGGCAUUCUCCGUCACAAACAAUGUCAUCCGGCUGAAGCCGCUUUCUAAUGUGGUGUCCCCACUGGAACAGGCUCUCACCCAACAUGGUGCCCAUGGCAACAACCUCAUUGCUGUUCUAGCCAAGUACAUCUACCACAAGCAUGACCCUGCCUUGCCACGGCUUGCCAUCCAACUGCUGAAACGCCUGGCUACGGUGGCCCCCAUGUCAGUGUACGCAUGCCUGGGCAGCGAUGCGGCCGCCAUUCGUGAUGCUUUCCUGACCCGCCUGCAGAGCAAGAUUGAGGACAUGCGUAUCAAAGUUAUGAUUCUGGAGUUCCUCACAGUCGCAGUAGAGACCCAGCCGGGUCUCAUUGAGCUCUUUCUGAAUCUGGAGGUGAAGGAUGGCAGUGAUGGCGCCAAGGAGUUCAGCCUUGGGGAGUGGAGCUGUCUCCACGCCGUGCUGGAGCUGAUUGAGUCCCAGGAGCCGGAUCGGUACUGGUGCCCGCCCCUGCUGCAUCGCGCAGCCAUUGCUUUUCUGCAUGCUCUGUGGCAAGAUCGGCGAGACAGUGCCAUGCUGGUCCUCAGAACCAAACCCAAGUUUUGGGAGAAUUUAACCAGUCCACUGUUUGGAACCCUGUCUCCUCCCUCAGAGACAUCCGAGCCCAGCAUCCUGGAGACCUGCGCCCUCAUCAUGAAGAUCAUUUGCCUGGAGAUAUACUAUGUAGUUAAGGGUUCGUUAGAUCAGUCAUUAAAAGACACACUUAAGAAAUUUUCCGGCGAGAAGCGCUUCGCCUACUGGUCGGGGUACGUCAAGUCCCUGGCAGUGCACAUGGCAGAGACAGAGGGCAGCAGCUGCACGUCCCUGGCAGAGUAUCAGAUGCUCGUUUCCGCCUGGAGGAUGCUUCUCAUCAUUGCCAACAGCCACGCAGACAUCAUUCACUUGAGCGAUUCUUCCGUGCGGCGCCAGCUCUUCCUGGACGUGCUUGAUGGGACCAAAGCAUUACUCCUUGUUCCAGCUUCGGUGAACUGCCUCCGCCUGGGCUCCAUGAUGUGCACUCUGCUGCUCAUCCUCCUCCGCCAGUGGAAGGGAGAGUUAGGAGCGGUGGAUGAGAUCCUCAGGCCUUUGACGGAGAUCCUGGAGGGGGUGCUACAGGCAGACCAGCAGCUCAUGGAGAAGACCAAGGCCAAGGUGUUCUCAGCAUUCAUUAUGGUGUUGCAGAUGAAGGAUAUUCGAGUGAGUGAUAUCCCCCAGUACUCUCAGCUCGUGCUGAAUGUCUGCGAGACCCUCCAAGAAGAGGUGAUUGCGCUCUUUGACCAGACCCGCCACAGUCUGGCAUUAGGCAGUGCCACGGAGGAUAAGGACAGCAUGGAGACUGACGACUCCUCUCGGCUCCGGCACAAGGACCAGCGUGACGGGCAGGUGUGUGUCCUGGGCUUGCACCUGGCCAAGGAGCUGUGUGAGGUGGAUGAGGACGGGGACUCAUGGCUGCAGGUGACCCGCAGGCUCCCCAUCCUGCCCACCCUGUUCACCACCCUGGAGGUGAGCCUGCGCAUGAAGCAGAACCUGCACUUCACCGAGGCCGCGCUGCACCUGCUUCUCACCCUGGCGCGCACCCAGCAGGGAGCCACAGCAGUAGCCGGUGCUGGCAUCACCCAGAGCAUCUGUCUGCCCCUCCUGAGUGUGUACCAGCUCAGCCCCAAUGGCACCGGGCAGACACCCGGCACCUCCCGGAAGGCCCUGGAUGCCCCCUCCUGGCCCGGGGUCUACCGCCUGUCCAUGUCCUUGAUGGAGCGGCUACUGAAGACUCUGCGCUACAACUUCCUGACUGAGGCCCUGGACUUCGUUGGUGUCCACCAGGAGCGGACCUUGCAGUGUCUCAAUGCGGUGAGGACGGUACAGAGCCUGGCUUGCCUGGAGGAGGCUGAUCACACCGUGGGCUUCAUCCUACAGCUCUCCCAGUUCCGCAAGGAGUGGCACUUCCACCUGCCUCAGCUUAUGAGCGACAUCCAGGUGAACCUGGGCUACCUGUGCCAGGCCUGCACCUCCCUCCUGCACAGUCGCAAGAUGCUUCAGCACUACCUGCAGAACAAAAACGGGGAUGGCCUUCCCUCGGCUGUCCCCCCACGGGUUCAGCGGCCACCCGCCGCCACCACUGCAGCUCCUGCGGCCCCCUCCUCCAAGCAGCCCAGCGCUGACACAGAGUCCGCUGAGCAGCGCGCCUUGCACACGGUCCAGCGUGGCCUCCUGAAGAUCCUCAGCAGGACGCUGGCAGCCCUGCGUCACUUCACCCCAGACGUCUGUCAGAUCCUCCUGGAUCAGUCCCUGGAUCUUGCUGAAUACAACUUCCUGUUUGCCUUGAGCUUUACCACUCCCACCUUUGACUCUGAAGUGGCCCCCUCUUUUGGGACCCUCUUGGCCACUGUGAAUGUGGUCCUCAACAUGCUUGGAGAGCUGGACAAGAAAAAGGAGCCGCUUCCCCAGGCUAUGGGGCUCAGCACCCAGGCAGAAGGAACCAGAACGCUUAAGUCCCUCCUGAUGUUCACCAUGGAAAACUGCUUCUACCUGCUCAUCUCCCAGGCCAUGCGAUACCUUAGGGACCCGGCUGUGCACCCCCGGGACAAACAGCGGAUGAAGCAAGAGCUCAGCUCUGAGCUGAGCACACUGCUAUCCAGCCUAUCCCGCUACUUCCGGCGCGGAACCCCCAGCUCCCCUGCUGCUGGUGUCCUGCCCUCGCCCCAGAGUAAGGCCACCGCUCUCCCCAAAGCCAGCCCCGAGAGCCAGGAGCCUCUGGUCCAGCUGGUGCAGGCCUUCGUCCGCCACGUGCAGAGAUAGGGUGCCUGCCACCGCCUGCCCCAGAUGGGGUGCACUGCUCGUCACCCUCCCAGGUCGCCACCACUCCAGCCACCCACUGCUGUUAUUUUUGUACUAGGUCAAGAGGUCCACAGCAGAGGCGGGGAGCGGGGCCCCAGGCCGCUCCUCUGCUCGAGCAUUUCCGCUGCACGGCCAGCCAGGGGGGCCACAGCCAGGGGCUGUGUGCACGGGGUUCAGGUGUUUCUGGGAUCUCUUGCAGUUUUUCGGUAAUACUGUGGUCUAUUUAUACAAAUAUUAAAAUACUGUUUAUACACAA